UCGAGUCCGGCGGAACAGAGAUUAGAAUUAGGGGAACUAUUACCUCGAUCGCGAAAACCAGUGAGUGAAAUUGACAUGCACGAAUCCAGCUGAUAAGUCCAUUGUUAUUUGGAUUCCUUUUAUUUGAUUUCGCUGUCCCACAUCUUGCUCACUCCAUUCACGGCGAUGUCAACUCAUCUGGAUAGAUUCAGCAGUGCUACCUCGUUGAUAACUGGCUUUGUUUUAUGUAUUGCCUUAUCAAAUGGCAUAAUUGCCACAUCCGAUAAGCCCAAUAUCAUCAUUAUAAUGGCAGAUGAUCUGGGUUUCGACGACGUUAGCUUUCGCGGCUCCAAUAACUUCCUCACUCCCAACAUUGAUGCAUUGGCAUAUAGCGGAGUGAUCCUUAAUAAUCUCUAUGUCGCUCCAAUGUGCACACCCAGUAGAGCAGCUUUUCUGACUGGAAAAUAUCCUAUAAAUACGGGAAUGCAGCAUUAUGUGAUUGUGAACGAUCAGCCUUGGGGUCUUCCCCUCAAUGAGACUACCAUGGCGGAGAUUUUCCAGGAAAACGGUUAUCGGACAAGUCUCCUGGGAAAGUGGCAUUUGGGAUUUUCACAGCGUAAUUUUACACCUACGCAAAGGGGCUUCGAUCGGCAUUUCGGAUACCUUGGGGCCUAUGUGGACUACUACACCCAGAGCUAUGAACAACAGAACAGGGGAUACAAUGGGCACGAUUUCCGCGACAAUCUUAAAUCCAACCACGAUCAGGUGGGACGCUAUAUUACCGAUGUGCUCACCGAUGCUGCCGUGAAGGAAAUUGAGGAUCAUGGAUCGAAAAAUUGCAGCCAGCCCCUUUUUCUACUUUUGAAUCACCUGGCUCCCCAUGCUGCAAAUGAUGAUAAUCCCAUGCAGGCACCAGCGGAGGAGGUGUCUCGAUUCAAAUACAUUGGCAAUAAAACGCAUCGCUACUACGCCGCAAUGGUUUCCAAGCUGGAUCAAAGUGUGGGAUCUGUGAUCGACGCCCUAGCUCGUCAGGAAAUGCUCCAAAACAGCAUCGUACUCUUCCUGUCCGAUAAUGGUGGGCCAACACAGGGACAGCACUCUACGACUGCCUCUAACUAUCCACUGAGGGGGCAAAAGGAUUCCCCCUGGGAGGGUGCUCUGAGAUCCUCGGCGGCCAUUUGGAGCACUGAGUUCGAGCGGCUGGGAAGUGUGUGGAAGCAGCAGAUCUACAUUGGCGACCUGUUGCCUACAUUGGCGGCAGGAGCCGGAAUAUCCCCGGAUCCGGCGCUCCAUUUGGACGGAUUGAAUCUGUGGUCUGCCCUCAAGUACGGAUACGAAUCUGUAGAGCGGGAGAUGGUCCAUGUGAUUGACGAGGACGUGGCGAUGCCGCAUUUGUCCUAUACGCGUGGCAAGUGGAAGGUCAUUAGCGGCACUACCAAGCAGGGUCUCUAUGACGGCUGGCUUGGUCACAGGGAAACCAGUGAAGUGGAUCCUCGCGCCGCGGAAUACGAGGAACUCGUUCGGAAUACCAGUGUGUGGCGGCAAUUGCAGCAGGUGUCCUUCGGAGAGCGCAACAUCAGCGAAUUAAGAGAACAGGCCAGUAUUGAAUGUCCGGAUACUGCGACAGGAGUCAGACCCUGCCUGCCUCUCGAGGCACCCUGCCUCUUCGACAUCGAGGCUGAUCCUUGCGAGCGGAGCAACCUAUAUGCAGAGUAUAAAAACUCGACGACCUUUCUGGAUCUUUGGGCCCGGAUCCAGCAAUUUGCCAAACAGGCACAUCCUCCCAAUAAUAAGCCGGGGGAUCCCGACUGCGACCCCAGAUUGUACCAUAAUGAGUGGACCUGGUGGCAGGACGAGAUGGCUUCCUGUUCAGGGACAAUCGGAGGACUGAAAGUCUUUACCCUCUUGGUGGUAUUCAUCCUCACAACCUCACAAGCGGUGUAUUCAUUAAAUUCAAAUUUGUAUGUAGGUAAAAUGUUAAAUUAAAUAUUGUUAGCAAAGUUGAUGUGUAUUCUACAAAUUAAUUAAAACCAAGAUAGACAGUAUAUAUUUUAUUCUUACAUUAUUGCUAAUGUAUUUAUUUUCAAAGGCCAAAGCUUUGUCAUUUAGAUUGUGAAGAUAUCCCCCUAUAAACAGUGCGACACUUUAUAACUUAUAUUCUAACUAGCAAUAAUCAUUUCUGGGAAAUGUCGAACUGGAUCCAGUGUCAAAUAGCCAAUCUCCCUGUUUUUCUAAUCAAUCACCUCGAAACCUCGUCAAAUUAAAUGAAACCCCAGCAAAAUAGCUUUCUGCCAAUCAAAGUGGCUUAGAAAGUAUUUAACCUUUUUAAUUUACGACACUGAAAUCAAGGAAAAUACUGUAAUCAAUAUUAAUCAACAGCUGUUCUAGCUAUCAAUAAAAGAUACCCGGUACUCAGCUACCGAUAAAAAUUGGCACCAAAAACAAAAGAAGAAAAUGUUUGACUUGCAUGAAUCGGCACUUUUGGAAAAAUGUUGAAUUAUUUUAAUUGUAAUCAGAAAAAAAAUGUAAUUUCUCGUUUGCACUUCCACAAUCUGAGUAAUGGGUAUCUGAUAGUCGAUUAACUCGACUCU